AUGACGUCGAAUCCAGAGUGGGGAGAGAAGACUUCCGGACUGGAGGUCGCCAGUACUUAUGCUCAGUACAUUAAAGGCAGAAAUGUUCUAAUUACCGGCGUGGCACCAGCAGGUGUUGGUGAAGGAACCGCCAUCGCCUUCGCAUCUCAGAAACCUGCAACUCUGAUCCUGGUAUCAAGGACCAAAGAAAAGCUCGAUAGCGUAGCAUCACACAUUCGAGAAUCAUACCCAGAAGUUGAUAUACGAGUCGUUACAAUAGACUUGGCAUCCCAGGCCUCAAUUCGCAAAGCGGCUGCUGAGGUCGCUGGUAUAAUCUCGAAGUUAGAUAUACUAGUGAAUAAUGCUGGUGCUACUUACAAUGCUCGCCGUUGGACAGCUGAGGGGAUCGAGAUACAGUUCGGUGCGAACCAUAUCGGACCGUUCUUAUUUACAAAGCUCAUGCUACCUCUUUUAAAAGAAGCAGCUAAACAAUCACCUGCUGGGGCGACUCGAAUUGUCAACCUGUCUAGCCACGGACAUCGACUAUCUACUAUUCGAUUCCACGAUUACAAUAUUGAAAACAAGGAGGUCCCUGAAGAAGAAAAGCCGUUUUCUCCUUUACCACCUACCUUCGGAAGGAUCCAAGAAGAUGGCUACAUGCCUACCAUUGCAUAUUCUCAAAGCAAAACCGCUAACGUAUUGUUCACGCUGUAUCUCCAAGAGCACUUACAAGCGAAUGGGAUUAUGUCAACCGACCAACUUAUUGUUCGUAUAGGUGUUGAUAGCCAGCUUGGCCGAGAACACGAUGAGGAGAUGGCCGAUGCUAUUGCGAAGACGUCCACGUUCUGGAAGAACUGCGAUCAAGGCGCGUCGACGACCCUUGUCGCAGCGUUAGACCCGGCCUUGAAUACUCGCGGUGGUCUCUACUUGGCUGAUUGUCAGUUCUUCCCCAGCGCAGACUUCGCUAAGGAUCCCAACAUAGCUGAGCGUCUUUGGUACUUAAGUGAAGAUCUGAUAGGGGAGAAGUUUAAUCUCGAGUGA